CUUUUUGUUUGUUUGGUAUAUUUCGUACAAAUCCUUGACCGCCACCUGUCAGUCAACACUGUCUAUAUUCACCUCAUCCUCCUUCCUUCACUGUCCCCUCUCUCUCCCUACUCUCUCUCCUCCCUCUCUCUCUUCCUCAAUCUCUCUCUCUCUCUCUCUCUCUCUCUCUCUCCCUCUCUCCCUCAAUCUCUCUCAUUCUUACAACAUGGAGAGGAAGCAGACUGUGAAACAAGAGGAGGCUCAGAAGCAGAAGAGUUUUGUAGUGGAUGAUCAAACUGAUAACAACAACAUCAGUAGCAGCAUCAGCAGCCCAUUAAUGUUAUCUGAUAUGUUAGGGUUUGGUGAUCAGAAGAGCUCAGUGGGCUUCAUGGAGCUCCUGGGCCUUCAAGAUUUUAACAACACUUGUAGCAACAGUUCCAUCUUUGAUUUAUUAACAGCAGAAGAGCUUGUAGUGGGCCGGAGCCCAGUUCAGAAUCAAACUCAACUCAAUCCUUAUCAAGAAUCAUCAGAGGUUUUGAACAAUCCCCCAACUCCCAACUCCUCUUCACUCUCUUCUGUUUCAAGUGGUGAAGAAAAGACUAAAGUUGUGGCUGAUGAACAAGAACAACAGCAGCAGCACAAAGUCACUAAACCACAGUUGAAAGGCAAGAAGAGUGGGAGUCAGAAGAAAAAGAAACAGACAGAGCCAAGAUUUGCAUUCAUGACAAAGAGUGAGGUUGAUCAUCUGGAAGAUGGCUACAGAUGGAGAAAGUACGGCCAAAAAGCUGUCAAAAACAGCCCUUUUCCUAGGAGUUACUAUAGGUGCACUAGUACCUCAUGUAAUGUGAAGAAAAGAGUGGAGCGUUCUUUCAAUGAUCCAAGCAUAGUUGUGACAACAUACGAAGGCCAGCAUACACAUCAGAGUCCGGUGAUGCCUCGGGGCAUUCAUGCUGGAGUUUCAUCGGUUUCUGGUAUCUCUCCCUUGAAUUUCCCGGCCAACAUUCAUAUGAACAACCUCAUGAUGCAACAGCAGCAGAACUCAAACAAUUUUGCAUUGCCUUCAAAUUGUAGCCAGAAUACAAUGAUGAAUAAUUAUCCUAACGGUUAUACAAUUGCAGACGGGGGAGGUCUCGGGUUCGGGCCCUCCUCAGCUAUGGCGUUCUUGAGAGACAAUGGCCUGCUUCAAGAUGUGGUGCCUUCCAUGAUAAGAACAGAAGAUCAGUAGAUGCAUAACAUCAAGUUUCAUAUAGUACGACUUAUAAGUUAUAAAUAUGUACUUAUUCAGUAAUUCUGUUUAGUGACUGACUAGAACUUGUAGCUUAAUCUGUAGAUGGUCCAUCAUAACUUAUGCAGUUUAUUUCUUUUGUUGAUCAGCAAGUAGCUUCUUGCAAUCUCUGAUGUUUCUCAGUCUGACAUGCUUCUUUGAUCCAAUGAAGAUUCUGGUUUCUUA